UGAUGUUUGGUGUCAGUCGUUUAUUAUUAUAUUUUGGUUGAGUUUGCCUGUUCAAUGUGUUCAAUUUUUCAAUUAUUCUAACGAAAUUUCAUUGUAAAGCAAUAUAGUCAGCAUUAUUGUUCAGUGUUGUCAAUGCCAUUGUUUAAAAUUAUCAUUCAAACAGUCAGCGCUACAAAUAAUAAACAUGAGAAUAUAUUUCGUUGGUCAGUGAAUAGUCCAAUUGAUGAUUUAACUUAUGAUCAAUUGAGUGCGAAAAUACAAAAUAUUUUGUUUAAAUUAAAUAAUCCGAAUGAUAAUAAUCAUGAUUAUUAUAACAAUAAUAAUAAUGGUGUAAAAGAAAAUUUUCAAAUUAUAUGGGAUGAUGGUGAAGAUAUGUGUCGAAUAAUUUGUACAGAAGAUCUUCAUGAAGCUGUACAAACUUUAUCAUCCUCGUCAUCAUCAGCGGCGGCAGCAUUAACAGCAACAGGAGCCGGAGGAUUAGAUGGUAAUCAACAAAGUAUAAGACUUUAUGUGAAAACUACACCAGAAUGUGAAUCAAUCAAGCUACACAGCAGCACAGACGAUGAUCAUCAUCAUCAUCAUCAUUCAAUAUUAAACGAAUCGAAAACUGACUAUUUACGUUUGCCAGAUUUACCGGAAACAUUAGAAAAGUUGGAUUCUGACGAUUCCCCGAAAUCCACCAAUGAUAAUGACACGGAAAAAAUUCAACGCAAACAACAACAACACCAGUCAUCGGACAAAGUACCCUUGUAUAAAUCAUUAUCCAUUGAUCAACAAUGUACUUUUGAUUUGACAAAUGAUUUGAAUUUCAUUUCAACUAGUAGUACCAGUAGUAGCGGUAGUAGAAGUCGAAUUGCACCAAGUGCCCCAUUACUUUAUCCAACAUCAAUGGAUGAAUUACUCACUACAUUACAAGUACCAACAUCUUAUAAUGCUAAAUGGAAAGGUGUUAAUUUCCCAACACAAUCAUUACAUGCUUACGCAGCUGCAUACACUACAUAUCCAUAUGGAUAUGUACAGAAUAAGGGGAAUUUCAGUAAAUUGCCCUCUGCUCCACCUGCAUCAGCCGCUGGAGCAUUUGGUCAACCGAUUGCAUUCUAUGAACAGAAAUUUGUACCAACUAGUUAUCGUCAAGCAUUAAAUCGUAACACUCGUCUAACUGCAUCAUGUCAUAAUUUGCCAAGAGCAACAACUUAUCUCAAUGAUAAUAAUAGUAAUAAUCAACGUCAAGUUGUGAAUGUUUCCGCUGUGAUUAUUCUAUUACGUCAUAUGGGAUUUAAACAAAGUGACUUUCAUUUAGCCAAUAUUAUUCAUCGAUAUAAUGGUAAUUUAAAUUCAAUAUUAGAUAGAUUGUCCAUUGAAACCAAUAAGAAAACUUGAUGAGAUUUAUUCGAUUCAAAAAAUGGUUGGGGUUUCUUUUUUGUUUGUUUCAAGAGUUACAAAAAGUUUUCUCUGUGGAUGCUUUCAUCUUUUAUUUAUUGGUUCUGUCUUAACUAUUUUUGAUUAGUUUGUUAUUGAAAUAAACAAAAAAUGAAAAAA